AGGAAAUGAAGAUUGUCCGUAGGAGUUGAGGUACUUUUCCCCUCCAAUGAAGAUAUCCAAUUCAUUUUCCUUAUCAGUCGUACUCGUAACUCAUCCUAACAUAAAAUAUUCAAAGCUUAUCGAGGAUUACAAGGAUAAAGAAAAAGGAGGAAGAAAAAAAAAAAAAUCUACCCCAUUUGUAUUUCUCGUCUCGACGUUUUGGAAUCAUCAAAGAGUAAUUUCUUUAGUUCAUUUGUAAACUGUGUUGUUCAAACUAUGAGCUUUUAUGAUCCCGCAAAGGUUUUGCAGAUACAACCUUUGAUUUCUGGUGGCAACAGAAUAAUGAUUCCUUUAUCUUACAACCUAGUACAACAACCAAACUAGAGAAUGUGAAAAAAAAAAAAUAAAAAUAAAAUACUCGACAGCAAGAUUGUGCUUAGCAUAUGCCUUCCUUCUUUUCUGCAAUGGAAAUGAACUUUGGUGAUGAAAUUGAAAAUAAAAGAUAUGCGGAGAAUUUCAUGCACGAUUUCUGGCCACUACCUCCAGUUGACCCUACGAAGGCCAAAUUCCCGUGCUGUCUCGUUUGGACACCUUUGCCAGUUGUUUCAUGGCUGGCCCCUUUCAUAGGACACGUCGGGAUAUGCAUGGAAAACGGCACAGUCUUAGAUUUCUCGGGCUCGAAUUUCAAUAUCGGGGCCCACAAAUGCAAGCACCGUUUCGCGCAUUCCGAAUACGGUGCAGCAAUCACAUGGGACGAAGCCCUGCAAUCGACCGGGCGGCACUUUGAGCACAGGUCUUACAAUCUCUUCACGUGCAACUGCCACUCAUUUGUCGCCACCUGUCUAAACAGGCUCUGCUAUGGAGGGUCCAUGAGCUGGACCAUGGUUGAUGUGGCGGCCCAAUUGCUGUUCCGGGCCAGGUGGGUCGGCCCGUUUUCCGUGCUGAGGUCGUUUUUGCCAUUCCUUACGGUGGUCUGCUUGGGUGUGUUCAUCGUCGGGUGGCCGUUUCUUAUUGGGCUCUUCUCCUUCUCGUUUAUGCUCGUCGGCUGGUUCGUGCUGGCUAAUUACUGCUGUAAGAAUUUUUUGGAUUGUUGAUUUUGUGUUUUUUGAGGUUCCCAGUGUUAGAAUCUUGCUCAGAAUUCAGAAAGAGAGCAUUUUUUUUUUUCUUUUACAUGUCUAUUUUGUUCAAAUAUCCAUUUUUUGCUAAUUCGUUGGUGGAAUCAUUUUAUUGUUGGAUCAACACGCACUCUCCGUUUAUUUCGUGGUGUAGUUUAUACUUACACUAUAAAAUGGCGA